AUUUAAUGACCUAAGUUACAAUAUUGAAAAUUUACUGUAUGUUUCUCGACACGUGAUUGGAAGGAGUUAGAUAGAUCUGUCAAUCUUAUCUUUGAUCCUCGUUAGCAUCUGUCUUGCAAUUCCAGUCGAAAAUCAUUAAAAGCAGGGAACAUCUACACCAUUCACCCAAACUGUAGAUCACUUCCAACUUGUUUAUAUUAAGUAUAAGGCAAAGAAAUUAGAAGCGAUUGGAUUGUUGCAGUGCAUAAUUCUGGUCUAAGAACCACCUGACCCGCCGAAUCUACUUUGUAUACACCUAUACCAAUAGAUAUUGCCCUCGGUACCUGCUGAACAUAGAGAGUUUCCCUGGCUGCGUCAAAUAUAGGAAGGCGUCGUACCAGCGUAUUGAUCAUGGCACCACAGUGAUUUAAUGCGGCUGCUCGCUGAUUUACCAUCAUAAUUGGUUUCUAGGAGUAUUAAUAUACCAAAAGCGUGAAAUUAUUGUGAGUUCGUAAUAUAAAUUGAUGGUCAUAUGUUAACAAGGGUUCUGACAAUUGGUACUUCGGAAAGUGUUUGGUGUAUUAACAAACGUCCGAGACUACAGUCAUAAUGGUUGAUGGACUAUGUUUUAACUGAUCGAAAGUAUGUGCACAUGCUGAACUUUUACGUUGGGUUUUAAAUGUUUUGAGGAAAAAAACUAUGGGUUGUAUAAAUGCCAAAAAGAGGAGGAAGGAGGCUUUGCGACAAGGACUUGAUGUAUCGUCAUCGAGAAGAAAAACUUAUCUGAAGACCAACGAAGAAUCGGCGAACGGGUCAACUUCCCUCAACCGGGAGCCCUCCCCCCCCUUGCCCAAUCUCACGGAGCAACAAAAAGAGCUGGUUAUGCAAUCCUGGCAAAAAAUUCAGGAAGACAUGUCAAAAGUAGGCGUGGUCAUGUUUAUGAGAUUGUUUGAAACGCACCCAGAUGUUCAAGACGUGUUCAUGCCUUUCAAAGGUUUAUCGCAAGAUGAUCUCAGACACAGCUCACAGCUUCGAGAGCAUGCACUAAGGGUUAUGGGAACAGUUGAAAAAUGUCUAGCAAGAAUCAAUGAACCGAAAAAGAUGGAAGAAAUGUUGCAUGACUUGGGUACAAGACACGUCAUGUACAGCGCAAAAGUCGAUUACGUGGACUUGAUUGGUCCUCAGUUUAUUUGGGCGAUGCAGCCUGCUCUGCAAGACCAAUGGACCACCGAGUUGGAAGAGGCUUGGUCUGAUUUGUUCAAAAUGAUUGCACAUGUCAUGAAGAAUGCCAUGCAGUUUUAAUCACCAGGAUCUACAUAACAUAACAGUGCCUCUAUCUAAAUAGUAAAGAAUGGGUUACUGUGACGUCUGGGAUGUUUUAAUUUUACUGACAAAUGAAAGUAACCCAACAGAAUUAUGAAAACGCGUGUUUUGUCACGGAUACAUGUAAAUCAAAUUGCAUCCAAAUGUCUAUGAAUGUCGUUUCUGACUUGUUAAAAACGUACACCUUUCUAAAGAAUAUUCUUAUACUGAAUAAUAAACGAGAUAUACAUGUGUUUA